UUGAUUUACGGAUGCCCGAGCCUGACACCAAAGAACCUCUUCUCUCUCUCCCCUCCAUUUUCUUGCGCGGAAUUUUGGAAGGGAGAGCCCAUUUUUAGUUCAGGUCCACACUCCCAGAGGCCUCUGCUCAUGGUUGAUUUCUUCUAGCCCCGAUACUAUCUGGACCGUGGGUUUUCUUGUUUUCUCUUGAAUCAUGUAUGUGUCCAAACUCAAAGAUCAUAACUUUUUUGUGUUUCCCUCUUCUCAUCGUAACCUUUUGCUCAUGUGCUUCAUGAACAUCUGUUGUUUGAGCUCGUUUUUGUUUUCUCUGAUGACAAUGAUGUCCCGGAAGUACAUAUUAGAUCGCGAAUCAUGAGGAGUAGUUUUUUGGAGAACUAUGUUUGAUCGGCAGUGAAAUGGCUUUGGGACUUACGUUCUAUCAAUGUUUAAUUUAUUGGUCAAUGUCUGGUUAGUACCUUUUUAAGAUUUCUUUAUUGGUGAUGUGGUUUGAUUAGGUACUGGUAAGUGUCAUUUUGAUCUCACUCCCGCUUGUUUUUCUUCGUGAUCGACGAAAGUCUGAAAUGCCACUGAAAAUACCCAUCAGUGAAAUGAUAAUGUGAAUUAAAAUGAGGAAUAUUGGAGCACAUUCCGUUCUUUACUGUCCAUAAGCACGGAAUGGGCUGUUUGCGGAGCUGCUUGGUUGAGAGAGAUAAGCCGACAAGUAUUAUAUUGCACAGUUGCACUAUGCUAGGCGUGCUUUCUGAUAAAAGAGAAGAAACUUGUCCUUUUGUUCUCUAAAAAGAAAAUUGAACAGAACUGAAAUAUAAGCACUCAUACAAUAAAUGGAAAAUUGUAUUCCUCUGCUUGGGUUUUGCCUAUUACAAUGUUGCCAAACUUACUGUACAAUCAAGACUGUCGUGCGUGAUUACAUUUGUUGCAGAUGAGUGUUUCAAGAAUUGUUGCUGUAGUAGCACAGAGAUUUUGAAGCUCUGGAUGAUGAGUGAGACUCAAGGAACAAAGAGAAGAAGGCUUCGGAAAUCACAGGCUGGAAGCAUGGAUGUUACAGCAGCAGAAGAUAUGCUGCAUAAUGUUUGAGCUGUCCGUGAUUCAAGAGUCAGAGUUGACUGACAGAUACAAGGGAGGGACGCCCCCUAAAUUUCGGAUUAGUAUCACUACCAUAGGUGCUUCUGCAACAGAAGGACACUCGUCUCUUGAUGAUGCUGAGCAGGCUUUAGUCAGAGAAGCAGAAACUCAAGCAGAAAUGGAAACUCCUACCGCGAAGAUGGGCAUUGAGACUCCACUAGACGAGAGUGAUUCCUCGCCUUUCAUAAAGAGCUCCCCAGUUUGGAAAGCAGUUGAAUCUAUGCAAGUGUUUGAGAAAUUCCCUCAGAAUCCUCAUUUCCUUCCUCUGACAGACUACAACAAGGGUUCCCGUGGAGGGUUGGCCAUCGGUCAUAUGGUAACCUUUGCGAAUGUCGUGGACAAGGCAUUCAGGCUGAAGAUCACCGACCCUGUACAGAGCUUUAUCACAUGUCUAGAAGCCCUUCAGCCCCUGGAAUCUCACGGGUUUAAUAUCACUGCCAUUGAAGUUCGUCUGAUGAAGAUGCUCUCAGUAAUAGAGCGGCUGCAGAAGCUGGACAAUGAGCAGGUAGAAGUGGAACGUCGAAUCUCCGAGCUUACUUCUGAGAACAUUGAAAUAGCAAAAGAGAUUGCGAAGCUCAACGAGAAGAUGAGGAAUCUGCAAGAUGAACAUGCCUAUGCUAUAGCUAUGAAGAAGAAUAAAGAUUCAGAAAUUACUGCUCUGAGAGAAAGCUUAGCUGCGAUCUCAGCAUCGAUCCAGAGUAUCCAGCUCGACCCUGAAGAUGCAACUUAGGUUGUGUUUGUUUCAACUUAAUAAAAAAAAAAGUACUUAAAAGUUAGUUAUAAUUUAGUUAUAAGGGAAAAUGAAUAGGAGAAAGAGGGAAAGAUAGGAAAUGAGGUUCUAAACCAAAAACUACUUAGUAAGUAAAAAUAUUUGACUUAAUGAAAUGUUAUUUUUCACAAAACAUCUCAUCAUCCUUAUCAUAUAUCUAUUCUUCCUACGUAUUUUUUUCCUUAACUAAUUAAGUGCUUAAUUUUUAAGCAUUUAAUUUAUCAAACGCUACUUCAAUGCAGUUGAUAGCAUUAUGCUUAAAUAGUUGAAUGAGCUGGUUAUGAAAUUUGGUGUCUUGGUCGUGC